CCUCUCAACCAGCCUUAUAUCACAGCCAUCCUAAAAGAGUGGGAGACGAUAACCUACAAUGAAGUGCCCAUUACCACUCCUCAUCCUUCUACUACUUCAUCUCUUGGCAGCUGUUUCCACUGCUCAAGAUUUUGAUUUCUUCUACUUUGUUCAACAGUGGCCGGGAUCAUACUGUGACACCAAAAGAAGCUGUUGCUAUCCCAAAACUGGAAAGCCAGCUGCCGACUUCGGAAUCCAUGGCCUUUGGCCCAACAACAAUGAUGGCUCCUACCCAUCUAACUGUGACCCCGAUAGCCCGUACGAUCAAUCUAAGAUUAGGGACCUGAUACCUACAAUGCAAGCAAAAUGGCCAACCCUAGCCUGCCCAAGUGGCGAUGGCUCAGCGUUCUGGAAGCACGAAUGGGAGAAGCACGGCACCUGCUCGGAGUCCAUCCUUAAUCAGCACUCAUACUUCAAUACGACUCUUAACCUCAAGAAGCAAGUGGACCUCCUUGGAAUCUUGCGAGGAGCAGGAAUUGAGCCAGAUGGUGGAUUCUAUAGUGUGGAUAGUAUCACUGGUGCCAUCAGGGAUGCAACUGGUUUCACCCCAGGAAUAGAGUGCAAUGUGGAUGAAUCAAGCAACAGCCAAUUAUAUCAGAUUUACAUAUGUGUGGACACUAAUGCAGGGGAUCUCAUUGAGUGCCCUGUGUACCCUAGGAGCAAGUGUUCUUCCCGGAUUGAGUUCCCUCCAUUCUGAGGUGUUAUCUUGAAAUUUUACCGCUUCACUUUGCAUUGCUCUACAUCGAUACAAGGAGAAAAAGCAGUUGCCUUUAUUAAUAAAAAUAAAUGAACUUUGUUCCUUUU